CUCAGAUACAACAGAGAGCAAAACACCAGAGAAAGGCAAAAUCAAAUAUUAAGAACAAUUUAAGUUGAAGACAGAAAGGGAUUAUUUUUAUAGGACAUCUGAGAAGAACUGAUCACAAGCAAUGUCUGCUCCUCCAAAAGAAAAUAUUGGUCUUCCAGUUUCUGAGUUUGUGCAGAUGAAUAACCUGGCCUGUGAAAGUGUCGGGGGAAAGGUGUUGUUCGCAACUGAUGACUGGUUUGCCCCUGCAGAAAAUCUACUAAAGAAAAAAGAUCCAGAAUUCAAACCAGGAUUGUUCACAGAAUUUGGGAAAUGGAUGGAUGGCUGGGAGACAAGGCGGAAACGAAUUCCAGGACAUGACUGGUGCAUAAUUGAGUUGGGCGUGCCUGGGAUCAUUCAUGGCUUUGAGGCUGACACCCGCUUUUUCACAGGAAACUACGCCCCUCGGAUCUCUGUUCAGGCAGCAUGUUUGAAGCCAGAGGAAAUUACAUUUCAACCAAGAAAAGACAAAAUUGGAACGGCUGCUUCUAUUGAAGAAUAUAAGUCAGCUGAUAAGCUCAAGUCAGAGAAGUGGAGCCAUCUGCUACAAAUGACCGAGCUUACACCUGGAUAUGCUGAAUCAAGUCACAGCUACUUUAAUGUAAACUCAAAACAGAGAUGGACACAUUUACGGCUUAAUAUCUAUCCAGAUGGUGGAAUAGCCCGCUUCAAGGUGUAUGGCAUUGGACAAAGAGACUGGUCAUCGUGUAAACCAAAUGAUUUGGAAGACUUACUUUCUAUGGUCAAUGGUGGUGUCUGCCUUGGCUUCAGUGAUGCUCAUUAUGGACAUCCUAGGAAUCUCAUAGGUAUUGGAAGAGCAUGUGACAUGGGAGAUGGAUGGGAGACAGCAAGAAGGCUGGACAGGCCACCAGUUCUAAAAGCUGAUAGUAAAGGCAUUCUCCAGGUACCUGGAUUUGAAUGGGCUGUGCUGAAACUGGGCCACCCAGGCUUAGUAACCCAUAUAGAAAUAGACACAAAUCACUUUAAAGGCAAUUCCCCAAAUUCCUGCAAAAUUGAUGCUUGUGCCCUGACACCUACAGAAGAAGAGGGAGUGAAGAGAGAUGAACGUUUUGAAAUAGGUUAUAACUGGAAACCACUACUUUCUGUGACUCAGAUCCACCCUCAUAAGAGACGCUACGUGGAAAGCACAUCUCUGGCGUUACAUCAGGUUAUAAGCCAUGUGAAGAUAACCAUCGCACCAGACGGAGGAGUCAGCAGAAUUCGGCUUUGGGGAUUUCCUCGACCUCUACCCUAAUAAUUGUUUUAAAACACAUAAUUUGAAAAGUUAUUUCAUUUUACACCUUUUCCUCAAAUAUCUCAGCCUGAUGUGAUUGCAAGAACAGCAGCUAAUGUGCAUCUGUGUAUCUCAUGACUUGAACAGAUGUGUGCGGGUUAGUGUCCUCUACAUGCAAAGCUCUGCUAAGAACCAACAUUGCUUGAUUUAUAAUUUUGCUGAUAGAACAAAAGUUAAAGAAAAUGAAUUUUAUCUUCAAUGUCUGUUGAAAAAUAAAUGGAAGUAUCACCCUACUUUAUAUUCUUACUCAUUAAAGAAAGUAUAAACCCUUAUCUGGAAAACUCCAGGUUCUGAGCAUUCUGAACAAUAGAUGACAUAUCUGUGUAUAUAUAUAUAUAUAUAUAUAUAUAUAUAUAUAUAUAUAAGGCAGUUAUUAAAGAUCUUACAUCAGUGAUCCCCAAAAAGAGGGGGGCAACAUGUUGCUCAUCAAUCCCUUGGAUGUUGCUCCCAGUGGCCUCAAAGCAGGUAGUUAUUUUUGAAUUACUGACUUGGGGGCAAGUUUUGGUGCAUAAAAACCAGGUGUACUGCCAAUCAAAGCCUUAUGUAGGCUGCCAGUCCACAUAGGGGCUGCCAAAUUGGCAAUAAGAGCCCCUUUUUUGUAACCCCAGGAACAGUUUUCAUGCUUGUAUUGCCCCCCAACUCUUUUUACAUUUGAAUGUGAUACUUGUCAUGGAGAUUUAUAAAUUAAAAUGAGUAAUA